UUAAACUUCUUUCACCUUUGCUUCCCCCAUCUCUUCUGACCAAAAAAAAAAAUAUGGGAUACCCACCAGCUAGCUUCCUCAGACGAAACAACAUUCUUCUCAUAAGAGGCUUCAUGAUCUUGUUCUUAAGCUGUGUAACUAUCAGAAUAAACCUUUCUUUUUCCAGCAUCCCUUCUACAUUAAGAGCAAUUCCCCUUGAUGGGCAUUUCAACUUUGACGAAGUUCACCUUGCAGCCAGAGAUUUUGGCAACAGGUACCAGUUCCUCCCAGCAGCAGUACUGCAUCCAAAGUCAGUUUCUGAUAUAGCCACAACCAUAAAGCAUAUUUGGCAGAUGGGUCCUCAUUCAGGGCUCACAGUUGCAGCGAGAGGCCAUGGCCACUCACUCCAGGGCCAAUCACAAGCACAUCAAGGAAUUGUGAUUAACAUGGAAUCGCUCCAUGGCCCAGAUAUGCAGGUUUCCGCUGGAAAUUCUCCAUAUGUGGAUGUCUCUGGUGGUGAGCUGUGGAUAAAUAUCCUGCAUGAAAGCCUGAAAUACGGGUUAGCACCAAAAUCAUGGACAGACUACCUACAUCUAACUGUUGGUGGUACGCUAUCUAAUGCAGGGAUCAGUGGUCAGGCAUUUCGCCAUGGCCCCCAGAUCAGUAAUGUCCACCUGCUGGAGGUUGUAACAGGAAAAGGGGAGGUUGUAACUUGUUCGGAGAAGCAGAACAGCGACCUCUUUCACAGUGUUCUUGGAGGACUUGGCCAGUUCGGCAUUAUAACCCGAGCAAGAAUAUUGCUGGAACCAGCACCUGAUAUGGUAAAAUGGAUUAGAGUGCUAUACUCAGAUUUCACGACAUUUGCAAUCGACCAAGAACAUCUUAUAUCUGUAGAAAAGACGUUUGAUUAUGUUGAAGGAUUUGUGAUAAUAAACAGGACCGGUCUGCUGAAUAACUGGAGAUCAUCAUUUAAUCCGCAAGACCCAGUUCAAGCCAGGCAGUUCAAGUCAGAUGGAAAGACUCUCUUCUGCCUAGAGUUGGCCAAAUACUUCCACCUAGACGAGACCGAAGUAGCAAAUCAGGAAAUUGAGAACUUAUUGUCUCAAUUAAGCUAUAUUAAAUCAACACUUUUCCAAUCAGAAGUUACGUAUGUAGAGUUCCUGGACAGGGUGCACGUGUCAGAGGUGAAAUUACGGUCAAAAGGCUUGUGGGAAGUUCCACAUCCAUGGCUCAAUCUUUUCAUACCUAAAAGCAAAAUACACAAUUUUGCAGAUGAGGUCUUUGGCAAUAUCCUUACAGAAACAAGCAAUGGCCCUAUCCUCAUCUAUCCAGUGAACAAAUCAAAGUGGGAUAACAGAACUUCUACUGUCAUUCCAGAGGAAGAUAUUUUCUACCUAGUCGCAUUCCUUACCUCUGCAGUGCCCUCUUCAACAGGAACUGAUGGAUUAGAACACAUAUUAACUCAGAACAAAAGAAUUCUAGAAUACUGUGAAACUGCCCAUCUUGGGAUGAAGCAAUAUCUGCCCCAAUACAGUACACAGGAAGAGUGGCGGGCCCACUUUGGCCCAAAGUGGGAAGUUUUUGUACAGAGAAAAUCUGCUUAUGACCCAUUGGCAGUACUUGCUCCUGGCCAAAGAAUAUUUCAAAAGGCAAUAAUGUUCUCAUGACAGCAGCCGCAAAAUAUAACUUUUCUUUUUUAAAAGAAGAGGCCCUUACAGCAUGUGGGAAAAAAUGCCUCAGCCAUAAAAAUUGGUAAAUAUCAUAUUCGUACGACUUUUCAUGUAAGAUGAGUGUAACAUGGAGGCUGCAGGGGCUGGUAGAAAUUUCUUCAACAAUCAGCUAUUGAUAUGAAUUAUAGCUGCCACUGUGAAAGAAACUGGACAUCACCAGCCCUAUUAAAGGGUGUAUAUAUCGAAUUUGUAAAGACCAACUACUUCCUCCGAUAAUCAGUCUCAAAGACAAGAUUUAAUAUUGUUUUACCGCAAAGAAAUGUAACAUACUCAAAACAAAUGAAGGGCUAGUUCACGCAACACCAACAUAAAUUCAAGAGCGCGCAAAGUUAAAAACGGGCAUAUCCAAAUGCCAAGAAGAAAUUUAUCCACUUGUUGCAACUUGCAAAAUUUAUUGUGGUUAGUCUAAAUGCGCAUAUACCUAUAUGAAAUAAUUCAGUCAUAUUUUAACUAAUUAGUAUUUUCGCAUCAACUUUUAGUUAACCUUAACCAGCAUCAUAUUUACCAUAGUGUGGCAAAAAAAUCAAUAGCAACUACAACAGUGAUCAUUCAGAUUUUAAGCUAACAGAUGCCUCCAACAUUAACUUCUCCCAAAGUGAUUACACACAACAUGAAAUAACAUUAAAUCAGUCCGCUCUUAAUCAACCUUCCUUCUGUUUUAUUAUGUACAGAAUUUUAAUCACAAUAAUCAAAAGGACACUGAUUGUGUACUUGGGUUGAUUCCUGUAGGCGCUUUAUAAUGAAUUUAUCUAUCAAAGUAAAAAUCCUGUCAAAAAGACACAUUUAAUUUCUUAUAUUGGUGCUGUCAGACCCAAGUAAUUCUGCAUACUGUUCAUCUUUAUGAGGUGCAAGGUAAGGCAAAAAUUCAAUUUCAAGCAGGAAUCUUAAAAUAUGCAUUAG